GUGGUCGUUCGCUUCCUACUCCUACACGUCAAAUAGUACACGAGAGUACAGCGCGCAAAUCCAGCACUCGUUCAUAGUGCAGCCAUUCAUUCAUUCAUCCACCCAAAUACACUCUUUCGAGCAACGACCAAUCACUCAUUUCCGUCGCGACCCUCCCUACAGGCCUGACACAUUACACGACAGGGAGCGGACCAACAGACAUCACCACCGCGACUAGACUUCCCACUCAUCCUUCUCCAUAAUACCACUCGCUACUAGAGGACAAUAUGUUUGCCAAGGCUCCUACUGUUCUCGCCAUUCUGGCCCUCACCGCGCAGGUCGUGGUCGCGACUCCUCCCGCUUGCGUGCUUGCGGCUGUCAACACGCAAAACGAUCCCUCCGACUUCAAGACCGUGUGCGGCGCAAGCGAAGUCCAGCAGUACAUGAGCAGCAAAUGCGGCAACUACCUCGACACCGCACAAACGUACUUCUCCGACUACUGCAAAGCCAACGGCGCCAAAGUCGCAUCCGUCUCCUCCUCCUCGUCCUCCUCUCACACCGCAACCCAGUCUUCCUCGGGCGCCUCUCACUCCGCGACCGCCACCGGUUCCGCUAGUGCAGGUACUGAUAGCUCUUCUUCUACAGGCGCUGCCUACCCAGUUGGCACAGGCGCUUCAGGUUUCACCACUUCUGCAAUUGCUAACGGCAGUUACACAGCCGGUACUGCGACUGGUACUGCGACUGGUAGUGUGUCUUCACAUACCGGGUCCGCUACUGCUAGCAGCACGGGUGGUGCUGCGAGAUUCGGUAUGGAUGUUGUGGGUAUGGCUGCUUUGGGUGUGUUCGGUGCUAUGCUUUCCUUGUGAGAAGCAGAAAGCGAGAAAGAGGUGGUGCGAUGAUCAUUUUUUGGGAGUUCUUGCAUUGUGUGUUAUAAAAAGAGAUAUGUGUGUGUGCAUAUAGAAAGGCAUGGAAAUGGGAUUGUAUUUUUCUUUUUCUCGC